GGUGGUCAAGACCCAGGUCCUCUCAGCUACUUCUUCCUGGUCAGUUGACCAGCCUUCCCAGAAGUUUAGACUCAUCAAAUCUAUAAACUCUUCUUCUUGAUGGCCACCAGAUUUUGGAAGUCCAACUCCGGAGGUAGAUGGUUAGAGAGCCAAAAACCAAGAUUCGGACAGAAGGAUAGCUAAGGUGGAGUUGACUCUUUGGGCCCCAACCAGAGAAAUUGAGGAGGACAGUUUUUGUCUUAUGGUCUCACCCAUAUUUGUCCUCUAAGAUCUGAAGAUCCUUCUUGAUGGGUUGCAGCUAGUCCACAAAUGAGAUUACUUUCUCAGGAGGUUUACGGGACAGAAGGCCGGAUUCUUAUAUAUCCCUAAUCCCCAAGUUUGCAUCUUGGAUGAUCAGGAUUAGCCGCUGAUCCCAUCUUGAGCCAUUAAGCGGACGUUGUCCUCCAUUGGCGUCCUAUAAUAGGAGAGGAGAAGCCUUCUGGAAGGGUCCACACUGGUGUCCCGGGCUUGGGAGGAUGUCCGAAGAAGAAGACGACUUCUACCUGUAUGAAAACAUCUCCUCCAUAAAGCCCUGGGAUGGUCCUCAGUAUCACAUCGCGCCCAUGUGGGCCUUCCAUUUUCAGACCAUCUUCAUGGGCCUGGUGUUCUUCGCCGGGACCCCGCUCAACGCCAUCAUCCUCUUCGUCACCAUCAAGUACAAGAAGUUGAGGCAGCCGCUCAACUACAUUUUGGUCAACAUCUCCCUUGCCGGAUUUAUCUUCUGCGUCUUCGCGGUCUUCACGGUCUUCUUGUCCAGCACCCAAGGGUACUUCUUCUUUGGCCGUCACGUCUGCAUGUUGGAGGCUUUCCUAGGCUCGGUGGCAGGUCUGGUCACUGGCUGGUCCUUGGCUUUCCUCGCCUUCGAACGCUACAUCGUGAUCUGCAAGCCUCUGGGGAACUUCCGUUUCAACGCCAAGCAUGCUUUGAUUGUGGUGGCAGCCACGUGGGUCAUCGGAGUUGGGGUAUCCGUCCCCCCCUUCUUCGGCUGGAGCAGGUUCCUUCCGGAAGGGCUGCAGUGCUCCUGCGGUCCCGACUGGUACACGGUGGGCACCAAAUACAAGAGCGAGUAUUACUCCUGGUUUCUCUUUGUCUUCUGCUUCAUCAUUCCACUCACCCUCAUCACCUUCUCCUAUGCGCGGCUCCUGGGCGCCCUCCGGGCGGUAGCAGCUCAGCAGCAGGAGUCAGCCACCACCCAGAAGGCUGAGCGAGAGGUCUCCCGGAUGGUGGUGGUGAUGGUGGGGUCCUUCUGCAUCUGCUACACUCCGUACGCCGCCCUGGCCAUGUACAUGGUGAAUAAUCCUCAGCAUGGCUUCGACCUGCGCCUGGUCACCAUCCCUGCCUUCUUCUCCAAGAGCUCCUGCGUCUACAACCCCAUCAUCUACUGCUUCAUGAACAAGCAGUUCCGCGGUUGUAUCAUGGAAACGGUGUGCGGCAAACCUAUGACGGACGAGUCUGAUGUGGGCUCUCAGAAGACGGAAGUUUCUACAGUGUCCUCCAGUCAAGUCAGCCCCAAGAGCUGAGAAACCCACUAAGGCCGGGCCCAGCAGCCACUCCGCGUGUCGGAACUCAACCAAGACGAUGUUUAUGCCAAAAAAAGAGACACCCCCCCCUCCCCACUGUACCAUGGAGCUCUUUUAAAACACACAUGCGCGCACACAGACAUUUUCUCCCCACAGCACCACUCCAGGGCUCCGUUUAGACACAAGAGUGGACAAAAAAAAAAGUUUGCUCAAGAGGAGCUGCCCUUUCCCGGAUGAUUUGAACCCCUAACCCAAUGCUCCCCAAACUUUUUCCUUCGUCACCCAAACUCCCUAUCGGAAAGUCCGUUCUACCCAAUAUAAGUCAAAUGCUUGAAAGGAAAUGUCCCUGUUGAUGCUAGAAGGGAGUGGGGUUGG